AUGAAUACUAUUCUCAACGGGGAGGAGUGUGCUAGCUGUAUGGCGGUACAUACAAAGGUACACUCGUGAAUCGAAAGUGAAAGUUGCUACUCUGCUUUCCGACACGUUUAAAAUGAUGUUAAAAAAGGUUAUUCUCGUUCAAAUAGGUUAUUCUCCUAACUGUAUUUUUGAAUGCUUUACUGCAUGUACCAGCACAGAUCACAUCGAGCAAAACAACCAAACAAAUAGCGAAAUUUUCUUUUGUUUUACUUUAUCUGUGUUGGUACAGCCUGAUCCAAAAGGGAUGUAACCUGAGAUCAGGCUCUAUUUUCGUGUCGCUUUGAAAAUUACAUUCCGGCGGGCAAGGCGAAACGAAAAGAGAGCCUGAUACAAACCUUCUACAAAACGUCUGCCGCCCACUUUUUUGAUUGAUUGACAUUUGCCGAAUCAGCCAACCAAAAUUACUUCUGUUGCUUGUUUUUCUAGUAUGCAAAGUUUCAUGCGUGGGAAAAAUGCAGACUGGCUGACUUAAAAAAUAGCUUUUAUCUGUUUUAUCUGUUUUCAGCUUAAAAUAAAACAGUCGGCACAAUCACAUUUAACUUCUUGCGAGAUUAAGGGAGAUCUCAAAGGUUAUUUCUGUUGGCGUAGAGGGUAAAAAGUUUUCGAAAAGACGGCAACACGAUGUUCUACUAGUUUUAUUAUUUUGGCUAGGCGCGCUCGAAUUUAAAAUACUGAAAUUUCUAUUUUUCUGUUGCCUUAACAUUUUCCUCAGCAAUUUUCCCUGAUUUUCGGUACAUAAAUCUUUAAAAACAAAAGCAAACAGCCCACGAGCGAGGACCCCAAGUUUUCCUCGUUUAUAUUUUACAAAAAGCGAAGGCAAACAACCAGUCCGUUACUUUAAGCCACCUGCUUUUAUAAUAAUGCCUACAAAAUUCCUUGAACAGCGAUGCAAUAUUUUUCGUCUAAUACUUCUCAGUUGGCGAUUGAGGUUUCUUUCGCAGUGAGCCUCUGCUUGCGUACCCCAUUCUGAGAAGUCAUUCCCGGCUACUAGUUUCAGAUGAAACCAGUUUUAAGAUGGAAAGUAUUUUGAUUUGCACUCGUUUGUUGGUAAAUCAAGAGGCACCUUGUUAGCAGUCAACAACUUGCAGAGGGAUUCAACUCCACGAUACACUCACGUUAGUUCCGUAAAUAAAGCAAAUCCUGAGAAGAUAUGAACAACCAUAUGAAUUUUCUGAAUUUCUGUGGCACAUAUUAAGGCAUAUUUUCCUACCAUAAGACCAUAAAACAAUAAAAAAGACACAAAAACGAUCCUUCUCUCCGCCGACAACAGAUCAUUCACGAAAACAACCUCGCGAUGAAUAAGCGCUUUCAACUUGCGGCAUUUCCGACAGCCAGUCAGGUCUUGUGGUAUUGUUCUAACAGCCAAUCAGCGUUACAGCCAAAAUCUGGCCAUAACGAACACAAACUUGAGAGAGUUUGUAUCAGGCCCAAUUUUAGUGGUAGCCGUUAGAGAGAAUGUAUGAGAACCGCUUAAACUGGGCCUGAUCUUAGGUUAAAAGGGAUGCUAAUCCAACUCAACUCACUGAUCACAUAUCAGGGAAUGGCUGUAUACUUUCCCACUUUGUACAGGCAAAGUUUACAUUCUAACUGCCCCAUUGUAAAGUUUUCUGAAAACCCCUUUCCAAAAAACAUACAUAAAUUUGUGCUAAGAAAAGCAUAUACAGUCUGUACUUUUGCAAAAAGGUCACCUCCCUGCCCCACCCCCCCUCUUUCCCCUCUCCGCUCACCCCACAGUGUACCAUUCCGACUCCAAUAAUUUAUCAUAAAAAACUCAUCUUAGACAAGAAAAAGGCUAUUGGUGAUCUUAUUGGUCAAGGUCUUUUGUUGUUUCUAGUUUCUUGCUCUAGGAACUCACUAUGGAGUUGUUCAUAUACUGGAUCACCAAGGGAACCCAAGCAGUAGCAAAAAGUACCCGUCAGUAAGUAUGUCAGUGAUAAAUUUAUGCUUAGUAUUACAUUAUUGCUGCCUUGCUUUAUCCAUUCAAGGGCCAUGCAGUGCUCGACUUUCAGAAAAAAAUGUUAGGGCCAACUGGCCCCCAAGUUUUCAUUUUUGGUCGCCAGAACAAGUAUUCUAGUUGCCAAAAAUUAUAUUUAAGAACUAAUGGGAUAAAAUAAACUUAACAUCUUUAACUUAGCCUUAACAGAAAAUGAAUGGUUCAGACUUUCUUUGAACUUUCUUUCGAAUGGUUUUCGCUGACGCUCGAUUGAAAAAUAGCAUAUCGUAAAAUGAAUCCGCACUCAAGCGUAAAUCUCCUCAAACAGGUAUUCAUUAAGGUUCAGGAAAUGGAAUACACAUUAAAAAAGCAAAAUUUAGGAAUCACAAAAAAACUUAUUUGGGUUAUGAAAGAACAAAAUCAGCAAAAUUUGUUUUGCGUCCCAUGCAUUUGCAUGUUCAGAACUGAACAUCGGUGAAACUUCAUCUAUUGCGCGGUUGCCUACCGCGUGAUCGAAAGUCUCCAGUAAGACCAGAAAGAGGAAACGUUGCUAAUGUUUUUGGGCAAAGAAGUUGAUUUCGCGAGAAGUCUGUUAGACAAACAGCAUGACUUCAACUUUACUUCAUUAGAAGUCAAUGAAAUAAGGCAGAGCUUUUAUUUGCAUCGUCACGCUCAACAGAAAUUUGGGUAAAGUUGUUUACAAGAAUUGCGAAGCUCGAGAAGUAAGCGCCGUUCGUUCUCGAUUAGCUUCGAUUAGCUUGAGCUUUUAUCAGACUAAUCUGCUAUCGAGUCUGCAAUCGAGAUACAUGUUCGACAUAAAGAAAUUGUUUUAAAUAUCGAUGCGCUAAAAGCCAUUCCCGGAGAAACACGGGACGAUCUGUUGAGAAUUGCGAUCGAUUUGUACGAAAGUCGAUAAGUCUUCGGUCAAAUUAAUUCAUUUCACAAUCCUCUUUCAAGUAAACGUAGCUUAGAUUGUUGGAAGAAAUCGUUAAAGCCUUUAGACAAAUCGUUAAAACGUUUAGACAAACCGUUAGAGUGUUUGGGCAAAACAUUAGAGCGUUAGAAAAACCGUUAGCUAUCCGUUAGUUGUAUAAAGGAUAACAAAUUAUCAUUAGUGUACGUUUACCCAAAGAAAAAAGUCACCUAUCUUGGGGGCCAGGUUGGCAACCAGGCGUGAAAAUUUAGUCGCCACUGAGUAAAAGCUGGUCGCAUUGGCGACCCCACGGGUUGCAACGUCGAGCCCUGCCAUGCCAAUCAUUUUGUCAUGAAAUUCAGCCUAGAAAAAUCAGUGCUUAAUCCAGAGAAAUUUUUGUGGAUUUAGCCUGUCUUUCAUGGUAAUUGCUAGAGGCAGAAUCGACAAAAAAAAAUAACUUUAAUUUUGGAAACAAAAUUCAUCCUUGAUGGAUGGGAAAUGUCAAAUUUGCAACCAGGACUGAAGAGUUCUUUUAAAUGCAAGCGCAAGACUUUCACAGCUCUUAAACUUCACACUUGAGACACUCAGAGCUUUUCUCAGACAGUUAAUAGUGAGCUGAAACAAUGAGUCUGAAGUCCCAGACUUCAUGAAUGGCAACUGGAAGUUUGAUGUCUUGCUUGAUGGAACACUUUUGUCUCACACAAUGAAUCUGAAUGCUUUUGUUUUAACUCCUGCUGUAUGAAUUUGUUGAGUCAGAGCACUGAGAGGGAGAAAAUAUCAACUUCUGGUUGCCUUUUUGAUGUCCAGGAUGUCAAUUUUCUCAUUGUGUAAGGUCCCAAAUGAGUUUACCAUGUCCUUUAUAUCAGCAGUCAAAUUGCUGAUCAAUGCAGAAUAGAUUUCUUUCUCGUUUACUAAAGAAGUAAUAAUUGCAUUGCAGCAAAGCUGUCAAAGAUGUGUUUUAGAUCAAAUUUGAUUUCAGGGUAAUUUUGAUUUAAAUGAGGUUGAUUCUCAAUUUCCUUUAUCUCGUAGCCCUAAGAGACAAAGGAAAUUGAGAAUGAACCUUGUUUAAAAAAUUUUAACCUGAAAUCAAAUUUCUUUUACAGAUACUAGCAACCAUCAAAUUGGGAGUUAAGGACUUCAAGACAUCCUCAACCUUGCCAAAAAAACUAAGACUUCUAGGCUCCAAGGUGGCUUUGUGGGGAAAAAAAUCAACAUUACAAGGUUUACAAAACUGUUGAAAAGAGAAGCCAAGAUAGUGAGACCCCUCAAAGAAGUAAAUUCAUUAAAGAUACUUUAAAAUGUUUUUUCCUUAGCACACGACAGCUAUCAAUCAAAUUAGCAUUGAUCAAAGUGGUGACUAUGUAGCCAGCUGCUCAGAUGAUGGACGGGUAAGUAAUUUUAAAAAAUACAUAACAACAAUGUAGUAAAAAUACUUACAAAUUGUGGUUAAACAGAAAGUAAUAAUCUUUAAAAGGGAUAUUAAAUCCAACAUAUUUUUUUUUCAACAAAAACAAGCUUUUGAUAUAAAUUAAAGCAGCUGGGGGUAAAUAAAGGGGUCACCCUAUGGCUAAGAUUCCUAAUAGUUCUGAGAUCAUCCAAAUUGUAACAGUUUUCUAGGUGACUGCCCCAAUGAACAAGGGGUAAACCCUUCCCAUACCUAUGCCAACACCUACUUGUACUUACGUUUCCUAGAGAACUCUCUUUGUGGUAUCUUACUCAGGGGUUUCAAUAGGCACCGACGACUGACGAAACACAUUGGUGAUUUUGCUCAGAGAAGUCGGCUACUUUUCUCUCCAAAAGAAGAAGCCACUAGUGCGUAUGAUGUCGUAAACAAGUAACUUAUCCUAAAAUCUGGAUGAAAACGUAAAGGCCAACUGGUUUUGAGUUAUGCUUUCGUUAGGCAAAUGCUGUGUUUCGUGCAGUCAAUUCUUCACGUUUCUUUGGAGGUUUACACAGAAUUUGUUCUCGUUCAAAUGUACGUUUUUUCAUUGCUUGUAAGUUGUGUGGCUGAUAAUCGGAACCUGAAUGAAAGCUACCUUUUCUUGAAUGAAAAACGCACUCUUUUGUACUCAAUUUAGUCCCCAGAAUGCUGGAAAUCGCAUUUAAGGGCUUUGAAAUUUCAAAAUUUUCUGAUGGAGCAUGCCCGCAGACCCCCCUAGAGGUACUCGAUUAACGCCUCCUGUUGAUACGGUCGGGUACUCUAUUCAAACCUGCUGGUUACUUCAAUUAUUAUUGAAACCCCUGCCUACUUCCAGCACUGUAGUGAUUUACAUGUAACAGGACUCUGACUAAAGCAUACAGAGUACAGUAUGUACAAAAAUAAUAAUGCUUCAUUUGUAUUUCAUUUCAAUACCCUCUGUAGUUUUUUAGUUAAUUGGUUGUGAAGGACAAGAGUAGAAAGAGAGAGAGUUUUCCUCUGUGAAUGGGUUUCAUUUAUUUUUACCUUUGCUUACAAUAAUCUGAGGACAUCUUUACGGGUUACCCAAGUUAUUGUAAGGCACAGGUAUAAGUGCAUUUAAUCUGUGGAACCAAAAAAUGAUUUACUGUAGUUAUGAUUGCAAAUUGGCUUGUAAUUUGGGAAAGCUUUAUGUGUAUGUGUUACAGGUCAAAAUUAAAUUCAGGUUAAAAAUUUUUUAACCUACGUUGAUUCUCAAUUCCUUUGUCUCUCCCAGGCCUAUUUCAUAAAUAAUAAUUAUUAGGGCUAGGAGACAAAGAAAAAUGAGAAUCAACCUAGGUUAAAAAAUUCCAACGUGAAUUUAAUUUUGACCUGUAACAUAAUUAUACCAACUUACAUUAGUUACUAUUACAUGAAUAUUACGUUUUCUACCAAGUGUUGCACAUAACUUUAAAAACCUUCUUUAUCCAUUAACUCACCCUGAGUGUCAUGCCAGCCUUAAGGAUAAAAAGCUGUGUGACCUUUCACUUUACAAUCCAUCUAACAAGUCAGUUGCUUUUCUCACAUUAAGGUUGUGAUAAAUGGUCUUUACAGCUCUGAGAAUAAUGUCCAAGCCACUUUUGAUUCCCCCAUCAAGGUAAGAGUUGUUUUUUUCCUAUGUUAUUGCCAUUUGUUUAUUAAAGAACCUUUGUUAAAAUUGCUUUUGUUUUUGAGUUUCUGGUAAUUUAUUACUUUUACUUGUUUUCUCAGUCAGUUGCUUUAGAUCCAGAGUUUUCAAAGAAAAGAACAAAAAUGUAUGUUACUGGAGGAACAAAGGUUUGUAGUUGUUCUUGUUUAUUUUCUGUUUCAGUGAAAAAUAAUAGCAUGACCUUGUUCUCACCUAAUGAUAAAAAAAUCCUUAAUAUAAAAAAUUCAAAGUCUCUACUCUGAUAUAUUGUUGCAUUGUAGUUAAUUCUCACAGAAAGAGGCUGGUUCAGAAAUAAGGCCACAGUAUUGCAUGAAGGAGAGGGCAGCAUAAGGACAAUUAAAUGGAGAUCAUCCCUCAUUGCAUGGGCUAAUAAUUCGGUAAGAUGAAGCAGUUAUUUUGCAAUGAAAUAUUCUACAAGGGUAGGAAAGGGUAGAAGUGCCCUUUAAAAUCCUGCAAACUUACAUCCCAAAUGUACAUAUACGAAUCUCACACAGUCAGGAUUUCCAGCGCUUCUUCACAAAUCGUAGUUCCACUACAUGUACCACAACAUGUCAACCAGGGUUAUCCAAGGGAUAUACUGAAUCUCUGGUAUCUUUUAAAUGAUAUAACUAUUGGUUUUGAACGUGCAGGAUACCCCUUACACUUUGUUUCCAGUUUUGGGUGUAUUGAGGGAAAUUCAGUAUUCAUUUUCUUUCUUUCUUUCUUUCUUUCUUUCUUUCUUUCUUUCUUUCUUUCUUUCUUUCUUUCUUUCUUUCUUUCUUUCUUUCUUUCUUUCUUUCUUUCUUCAUGUAUAUUAGUGUUAGUACUACUGACCCCUCUCCCCAAGGGGGUUAUUUUGGUCUAAAAAAUUGGACUAAAAGUUUAGCUGUGUCUUAGAUAUAAAGACACUUUUUAAACAUUAAUUUCUUUUGUUUUUCUGUAUGAGUUGAUAAUGAGUUUUUGAAUGCUGCUUAAAUGUCAUCACAUUAAAGGAGAAGAGGCACAAAAAUCUGCAAGCUUUCAAAAAUUAUGACCAGUAAUGCAGCUUUUUUAUUGAGCUUUUUUUGUUGAAAUUUUGUUGAUUUGUUUGUUUGUUCAACUCAGGAAGUCAAGGUGUUUGACUUGAACUCUCAGCGAGUGAUAACCAACAUUAAAAGAGAACCUGGAAAGUAUGUGACUUUAAUUAACUUUGCUGAUAAAAUUUCUUCCACGAACCUAAAGGUUGUGGUUAGUACUUGGGUUGGUAGACUUUGCAUAGCCUUAUUGCAGUAUAUGUUCCAGUUACUUAAAUUUUGCUCAUCAGACAACUUUCUUGGUGAAGAAUUUAUCGCAAAGCAUGCAAUUUUUAAGCUUAAAUAUGUCUAAAUAAUACAAUAAGACCCCAGUAUAAACUUGAACUCUGAAGGCAAAUGAAAAACAGUUCGAGUUAGUGGGGGUUUGAGAUUUUUGGGGUCAAUUGGAUGGUCAUUUUGCCAUUUGAACAACAGAUGGUGUACUGAAUUUUUAGCACCUCAGUAAACAAUACAGUGCAAAUUUGCCAAAAUAAACCUAUCUUGUCAGAACGUGUAAAAUAUGUUCGUUAUGACUUACAAAUGACUGUCAAAUACAUAAUCUGUUUAUCGCUCUAUUUCAAAAUCAAGUUGCUUGUGUUAGUUUUUAGUGUUUUUACGGAUUAUACGUAAAGACCUAAUGGGAUGGCAUAGGUGGUGAGUUGCACGAAAAAGGAAUUCAAGUUAUUGGAGUAUUUUAAAAAUUGAUCAAGGGGACAAAAUUCAGUUUGAGUUAAAUCCGAGGGAAAUGGUACCCAAGUCUAAGUUAGCGGGAGUAAGAGUUAUCCGAGUUUGAGUUACUGAGACUUUACUACAGUUCCUUGUUCUUUGUAUUCUCCGAGGAAUCUAGUAGAUACAGUGAACAUAGAGUUCUGACCAUUACAUACAUACAUUAUUUUAUUGUAUUUUGAGGUAAAAAUACUAUUAUUAUAACAUGCCUACGGGUAGCUAAGCUAAUCUAGGCUGGUCAUAUUUAUAGGAAAUACAUACAACUGAAUACAACUAAAAGUAACAAGAGAACUAAAGAAACUAAAAUUGACAACAAUGACUAGAGACUACUGAUAAACUAACGGUAUUACUAAUAACAAAUGACAACAGUUAUGACAAGAGACUACUGAUACACUAAACGAUAUUAAUGAAUACAUACUAACUAAGAGGAAAAUAAAUUCAACUUAACUUUUUGAACGAUUUCUAGGAGAUCAAUAUCACAGUCUUCUGAAGCUAGGAUCUCAAAAAGUGUUUGUUUUAUUUUCCUCUUGACCAUGUGUCUUGAGUGGUGAUUUAUAGGUAGAGGUUCAAACCAAUAUAGAAUUAUGAAAUUUUUUAUUCCACAAAGUGGUUUUGGUUGGUUUUGAGGGAUCAUAAUAAGUUUCUGGGAAACUGCCCACCUACCCCUCCCCUAAGCCAACAUUUAGCCCUAAGUGAGAAGUAAGUGUUAAUGUUGGCCUAGGGGAGGGGUAGGUGGGCAGUUUCCCGGAAACGUAUGAUCCUUUUCGAGUAGUAGUGGUAUAUAAGAGGUCCCAACUAUUGUUCUUUGAAUGAGAAAACCUUGUUUUUUUGUUCACAAAGGUGUCGCUUAUGAGAGAAAGCCGCAAUUAAGAGUUUGUCUGUAAAUAUAAUUUUUUUUUUUGGCAGAUAUAGACCUGAACUUUAUCGCUGCUGUUUGUGUUGGAAAGAUGACAUCACCCUUCUUAUUGGCUGGGCAGACAUGGUUCAGGUAUGGAGGAUAGUUUUUGACAUAACAUUCUGGCAAUUUGGUCAGUAGUAAUGAACUAUGUACCAAAGUAUCGGUGGUGGACAAAACACUGACCACCAGUCCAUGGACUGCCCCCAUGAACUACCCAUAUGGACUACCCAUAUGGACUACCCUAAAGUGGACAUCACCCACUGAAGUUUAGAGUUUAGGGUUAAGAAACAGAGUGAAUCAAGUUUCAGGUCAGUUUUCCCGGUAUAAUAACCCUAAAUAGAACCUGGUUCACUCAGUUUCCUGACCCUAACCACUGAACUACAGCGGUAUAGUCCAUUUUAGGGUAGUCCAUAUGAAUAGUCCAUGGGGUAGUCCUUGGUCUGGGGGUCAGUGUUUUGACAACCACCCAAAAUAUCAUAACAUGCAAAACAGCAUAGGUAUAACUCUUACUUUAUAAGUCUGAGCUGCAAACUCAAAUAUCUGAAUCAAGAUACUUUCUGUUGAGUAUACAAUCUAAGCCUGAAUUACGCAGGUUAUAAAUCCGAAGAAAGAAAUGAAAUUAAAUCAAAUCAAAUCAACUUUAUUGGUACAUCCAAUUAAAAUGGGUUUUCACAUACCAAUUACAAUAAAAUCUAAUAUGAACAAUAGAAAUUCAAUAUAAACAUUUGAAAGUGAAAAAACAUUACCAUACUAUUUAAAAAAUAUAAAAUAUGCAUAAUUACACCUAUUGAGUGUCAAUGGCUUAAAAACUCGUCAAGGGCACGUCCUUUAAUCGCAUUCUUAAAAACAUUAAAUGACUCUAUGUUUGCUAAACUUUCUGGAAGGUCAUUCCAGAGCUGAGCAGCCCUAUAUGAGAAAGAUCGCUGACCUGUUGCUGAUCUAAAAGAUGGUACAUGAAGUUUAUCUUUAUUCCUAGUAUUUCUAGUAUGCAUCUGCCUUCUUGUCGAAAACUUAUUACACAAGGAUGGUGGGGCUAAUCCCUUUAUACAUUUGAAAGCCAUUAAAAUGUCUCUAACCUCCAGUUGCUUAGCAACCGGCAACCAGUGGAGUUCCUUUAACAUCGGCGUGAUGUGCUCAUACUUUCUUGUGCCAGUCACAAUCCGUGCCGCAAAAUUCUGAACUUUUUGAAGCCUAGCAAUGUUCUUUUUUGUUGUACUAGACCACAUGGAGGAACAAUAGAAAAUCUUGCUGAACACUAAUGAAUUUAUGAUGGUUAUGAGCGUAGACCUAUCAAACAAAUGUUUCACACGAUUGAUUUGGCACAGGCUACCUGUACACUUAGAUACAACAUCGGUCACAUGUUCGUCAAAACUAAGGCGCGAGUCCACGAUGACCCCCAAAUCUUUUGCAGAACGAGACGGUAGAAUCUCCUUACCGAGUAGCGUAACUCCAAAACCCUCCGGCACACGAGCUAACAUCUGCGGGGUUCCAAGAAGCAAUAACUUAGUCUUAUCUGGAUUUAUCAGCAAGCUGUGUGUGCAACACCAGGCGGCAAUCCGUUGCAAAUCUUCGGAUAAAUGUUCCACAGCCAUGGCUGUCUCCUGGACAGGAAACGAGAGAUAGAGCUGGGAAUCAUCCACGUAACUCUUUAGUGAGCACAGGUUAGGGACAGCUGGAAGAUCGUUGAUGUAUAUAUUAAAAAGGGCUGGUCCCAAGAUCGACCCUUGAGGUACACCAUAAGCUACCUGGCGAGGAUCUGACACCUCACAACCAAUCCUCACCCGCUGAUUCCUGUCCGUCAGAUAGCUUCUAAACCAUUCCAUGGCCUGUAUAGACACACCCAGUUCUCGAAGUUUACGUAAUAGGAUCCCAUGCUCGAUACUGUCAAAGGCCUUUGACAAGUCCAACAGAACCAACGCUGUGACUUGUUUUCGAUCCAUUGCUUCGAGAAUCAUAUCGGACAUGAAAAUAUGGAGUGUUUCUGUCGAGUGCUUCUUCUUGUUUCCAUUUUGAUGUUCAGUUAAACAGUUCUGACGUGUUGUGUACUCCGUUAACUGAUUAAGAGCUGCUCGUUCGCAGAUCUUAGACAGAGCGGGUAGCAGUGAUACUGGCCGGUUGUUAUUAGCAACCUCAUGAUCUCCUUCCUUUAAUAUCGGUAUCACCACGGACUCUUUCCAAGCAGAUGGAAAAACUGAUGUUAAAAGCGAUCUAUUUAUAAGCUCUGUCAGAACUGGAAGUAUAACUGGUAGGGCAUCCUUGAUCACACUCAUGUGUAACUUAUCCAUUCCUGGUGCCCUGUUUAAAGGAAAAGACAAGAUGAUCUGGUGUACCUCAAAGGUAGUGACUGCGCGGAAUCGGAAUUCAUCUAGUUGGAAAAAGUUCUUGGAUGAGGGGGGCUUAUACGCUGGAAGAACGUUAACUGAAGCAAGCCUCUUAGAUUCAGCUGCAGCCCUUGCCCCCACAGAAGUAAAGAACUCAUUGAACUCGUUCGCCAGUUCCGUCAUAUCCCUUGAGUACACCGGUUUCGAUUUCUCUUUUGACGGGAUACAGUUCCGUAUUACCUUCCACAUGGCACUACUACUCUGAUUGCCAUUCAUCUCCUUUUGAACAUGGAUCCUCUCAGCAUCAUAUAGCCUUCUCUUAACCUCAUUACGACACCAACGGUAAUGCUCCCAGUCCGUAACAGCGCCCGACACACGAGCAACUCUGUGUACUUGGUCUCUCUCAUCCAUCAGCUCCUUGAUCUCUUGAUCUAGAAAUGGACAUUGCCGAUUUCUGACUUUCCUUUUCCUGACAGGCGCAUGACGCUCCAGGACUGCCAAAAAUUUCUCAUUAAAAUGUUCUACUUUUUCACUAGCAUCAUCAAUCAAAGCAUUUUCAUACCAUGGGACUUGGGCAAGAUCAUUCACAAAGCUCUCAGAGUUGUAAUUCUUAUAACUUCUAGAUAUAACAUAAGUAGGCAGUGGUUUCGGCGCCUUGAAAUUCAGUACCGCAUAAACCAGAUAAUGAUCGCUAAUGUGUGUUUCAACCACACCACUAUCGGUAACUAAGGCUGAAUUGGAAGUCAUGAUGACAUCAAUCAAAGACUCGGAUGUUGGAGUCACCCUUGUAGGCUCUGUGAUAAGUUGUUUCAUAUUUAAGCUGCUACAAAAGUCAUUCAGCGCUCUCGAUUCAUAAGAACUCGUGAGCAGGUCACAGUUGAGAUCUCCAACAACCAAAACGGACUUUCCAUAGGUAAGAGCUUGCAAAUACUGAUCCAUAAAAUCUUCAACAAAACAUGACAGCGGACAGUCAGGAGUUCUAUAGGUGACACACAACAAGAAUGAUUUCAAUUUCUUUUGCUGAACUUGUACCCAUAACUGAUGAAAGCCAGAAUCUGAAAUUCGAGAAAGAUCUUUGAGGACUUUGCUUUUGAGUGAUCUCCGUACAUAAACAUAGACACCACCGGCGCGAUGUUUAAGGCGGUCAAGCCUAAUCAAUGUAUAUCCCUCAAUCUCUACUUCAGCGUUCGUAACAGAGGAAUUGAGCCAAGAUUCCGAAACCGCUAAAAUUCCAUACUCCUUUUCAGUCAUUAAAUUCCUCACCUCAGACUGUACAUGUAACUUGCAGUACAGGCCAUGAAAACAAAGUUUGCAAGAUAUCUUAUUUUCUCUGGAAAAUUUUAUUUGUUUUCUCUUUUACACUGUAUUUUUCUUCUUCAGAUUUGUGUUGUCAAGGAGAGGUUGAUACAGCGAUCAGAUCUGCCUCCCCUUGUUGUGGAAAUAGGUUUGCUAUUUUUGUUUUUCUUUUUAUCUUAAUUUGCAGAUUUAAAAGAUGAGCCAACUCAAUCUCAUGUCUGAAUGUUUAUUUUUGCAGUUGCUAGGUUUAAGACAGAUUAUUACAUUUCUGGAAUUGCAUACCUUAAGAGUGACUUGGUAAGCCUGUUGGAAUUAUUGAUAUUCUUUCGAAAUUAGCCGUAGUUAAACUCUGGAAGCUCAGAUUUUGUACCGAUGGAGCUUGAUAAUGCCUGCAUUGCUCUAAGUAAAAUUACAGUCAAACCUUCACUAACUGCCACCUCUCGACAACAGCCACCUCUCUACAUUGGUCACUUUUUUUGUCCUGGCAGACAGUCCAUACAUAGGCUCUUGUUUAAACCUCUCUACAAUGGCCACCUGUCUACAACAGCAAUGGCCAUGAAAGCGUGUCUCCAACUGUCAAAAUAACUUAUCAACAACAGCCAGCUUUUUCAUCAGCCACUGAUGAAAAAGUCAAGAAUGGUCAUAAAAUUUGAUCUGUAUCGCUCGCUGAUGAUUAAUCACGUCAUGCAAUAUUGUAUUUUGAUUGUGUUACUGUUAGCAAAUAUUGACUAACCUUGCUUGUUUUGUCACGUUAACAUUUUGAUUCAAAACAUUAUUCAUGUUUUUUGUUAAUUUUAUCUCUGUGUAAUUAUUGAAUUACCAUCAUGGGAUACAGUUAGCAGAAAAAUAGUACAAUAAAUGUGUUUUACCUCCUAAAAAUGAUUUUUCAUAUUACACCCCAUUGUCAUUGCCAUUGUCUAGAGGUUUGACUGUAGGUAGACAUACUGAAUUCCCUGAUUAGGUCCAUUCAACCAAGAGUUGGCAACCGAGAAUAAUCUGGUUACCAGUUCCCUGGCUGAAUAACAUUCCUGAAAAAAACGAGAGAGGGUCCCCACAUAACUUGUCCUGCCUGUAAAACCCACAGGAAAACCAAGACUAGGAUCAUUAAAAUUUGAAUUAUUUUGUGUAUGUUUUCACAGGUCAUACUGUCUUACAUGACGAACAUUGAAGCUGGCACAAGUAAGGUGAAUAAACGUAAAUUGUUAAACCAUUCGCCCCUGGAAAUUUUGCUGAAAAACACGUUUGAAGCUAGUCGAGCGGUUUUCUUGUCACUGCCGUGCUAUAAAGAGCUAAAACUUACCAUAAAGCCAUUUACAGGUCAUACACUUUGCGGCCUUCUGAUCCAGAUGCAAAAUAUUAGCUUGUGAAGUUUGGGCAUGGGCAGAAAGUAAAAUGUUGCAAAUUUUUUGGGUGGUUAAAAGUGACAGCAGUUUCGCUCUCUCUCCUCCCUUCUUUUUUCACUUUUUUUGCCUCUUUUUUUUUUUCUUUUACUGGGCAUUUAGUAGAUUUCAUUUUGGUGGGAAAUGCUUUUAGGAAAGCUUUUAGGGUCUUAGAACUGAUGAAAGGAAUGGUAGGUGGAUAGUGGAACAAGAUUUUCAUGGAAAUUUUCGGGUUAAUGUUACAUGAUGGUUGCCUUUUUAUCCAGUGUCCUUGAGUGAAUUUUGCUCAUUCUGUUAUGGUUUGAAAGAUUUCUUCACUGUGCAGAAGUUAGGGGACAAAGUUGUCCUUGACCAUUUAAACUCAUGACUUUACAAGUGGUAGAAGGGAGGUGGAUCUGUUCAGGCGGUUACGAGUGGAUCAGGGGCAAAUGGGUUAAGACUGAAACUUUGUCAUUUUUCCUCUGAAUAAAACACAAAAGAAGUUUAGUAUAGUUCCUUUACUUCAUAAGCAAGUUUCAUUUAUUGAGUCAUUCAAAUGUCUUUUGUGCCUAUAAGGGCCUGUUGCUGGAGUAGUUGCAGUAACCUGUAAAUUGCUUACUGAAAAUAUUAUUUUCCUGCUCUGAUAACAUGUUAAAUAAUAAUACAAUAUAUGCAGGUUUUAGUAUGUUCAGAUGAUUGAUGAUGAUGUGACUAUUAUUCUAGAUCACAUGACUGGGAAGACAUUGAGAUAAUGUCAAAAUAUUGUGUUAAUUCUGCCAAAUUCUUUGCCCCGAGUCAGUAAUGUUAUUUUUGUUAAUACCUUAAAACGCCACUGUAGGCCUUUUUCAAAAAAUAGCAUAAUACUCUUUGUUGUCCCUCCGAAAUUUUGCAUAAACAUUUUUUUUUUCAUUUUCUCUUUAUUGCCCCAAGAGAAAAUAUUUAAAACAAAGCUUAUGCAAAAUUUUAAAGGGACAACAAAGAGUAUUAUCGUCUCUUUGAAAAAGGCCUAUUUUACUCAUUAAUUUUGUAAAAAAAUAAAAAUAAUACAUUUUCAAUUUAAAGUAUUUUUUAUCAUUAUUAUAAUUGUAGGUCAAAAUCAAAUUCAGGUUCAAUUUUUUUAACCUAGGUUGAUUUUGCCAAUUACCUUUGUCUUCUGGCCCUUAUUCAUGAAUAAUGAAGGCCAGGAGCUAUUGUAGGUCAAAAUGAAAUGCAGGUUAAAAUGGUUUCAACCUUAGCCUGCUUAAAUUUUCUUUGUCUCUUAGCACUAAUUAUUCUUGAUUAUUGUUAGCCUGCGUAGCUGGCAGUAUUGUGUGGGUGGGUGUGGGUGCGUAUUUUGGUGGCGGAGCCGUGUUCCAAAAAAGGGAGUAGGGAUGAGGCGGUUGAAAUACCGCCUGCCAGAAAACCCCGGUAUUUUGAAUAGUCCGCACACCAGUGUGCGGGGAAACGGAUUGGUUGAGGGCCAUACAUAUGUCAAUCAUGUUAGAUGAGCCUUCGCAUAUAUGUCCCAAUUUAGGGAGCAGAUGGCAAACUGAAGAAGACGUACAUGUAAAGUGAUUGUGAUUGUGAUUUCCACUUUAAAAGGAGCAAAAUUGACGACCAAAUUGCCGAAAUGGCAUCUUUAAACUUCACAGUGCUGGAAUUGUCUUUAUUUAGAGGUAAGAAACAAAGGUAAAAAUUAAAACACUAUACAACUGCAUCUGAGAUCAAAUCCUAUCAGGAACACCUACAGAAGAAUAAACCACCGGAAAUGGUUACUCAGUAUGCAUGUAACAAACCAGCUUCAUGACCUUUUAAUGUUAAGCCUGGUGUUGCAAAAAAAGAUUUACUCAGUCAAAGUUUAGAAUGAUACAUGCACUGNGUUACUCAGUAUGCAUGUAACAAACCAGCUUCAUGACCUUUUAAUGUUAAGCCUGGUGUUGCAAAAAAAGAUUUACUCAGUCAAAGUUUAGAAUGAUACAUGCACUGUGUAGUGCUAGUAACCUUCGCGCGGGAGCCGAGAAAAUAAAAAAACCUCUGUUUAAGCAAACUCACAAGGUCACGUUUCACAUUAUCACGAGCUUAGGAGUCGUGUUUAGCCUGUCAACGCUUAUUUCUUAACUGUCUCGCCCGAAAAUAAUCGGAAGUUUCAAAUUGCAGGUUUCUCUUUGACUGGCUGAUCUAAUUGCGAUCAGCUAAGGUGACAAAAGUGGGCGGCAUUUAGAAAAAUCAUGGUUCUCUGGCAGGCGGUAUUUCUCGCGGCUUCGCCACUCGUGACGGCUCUGCCGUCAAAUCUCACUCAACUAUAUUACAACGGCUCCGCCGCCAAAUGUCACUCGACUACUACACAAUACUGCCAGCUACGCAGGCUAGAUUAUUGUCGGAACUGUUUCUCCAGACAAUAAACUCACGCUCACGAUAAAGAACAGAACUGUUUUAAUGCUGCUAACUCUCCCUCGGUAUAGAUUACUAACUCUUGCCAUGUGCUUUUUUGCUGAUCGAUCAUUUCUUGAAAACGACAUCCUAUAAUAUCCAUAAUCCUAGCUCCCAGGCCCCAACAACCUUAGGGUGCGCCUGACUAGUUUACAAAGUAAAAAAAAAGUGAACGAAAUAUUCUUAACAUCCCAGUAUCAACCUAUGAAUUCUUACAUUAUGAACAAUUAGGGCUGGAACAAAGAUGAUAGAGAGUCAACCUACAUUUUGAGGUUGAAACCAUUUUAACCUAAAUUUCGUUUUGACCUGCAGCAGAGACAAAGGAAGUUGAGAGCCAAUGAUGUUGAAAAUUUUUAACCUGAAUUUAAUUUUGACUUAUAACAUAGACAUAUUUAUGUAAGCAUUGAAAAAAAGCCCUCCACUUGCUACCUGCCACCCUCAUUUUAGCACUGUAGCAUGAAAGCAGUUGAUGCAUUGAUUUGACAGACAUGUAUUUUCAUUAGCAGCUGCAAUGGCUUAGGAAAAAGUUAAUAUUUUCCUAAGUUGUUAUAGCUGUUGGUGUUAAUAUUCUGUUCAGCUAAAUGGAGAAGAAACUCAUGAUUUAUAGUUAUGCUAAUCUCUUGUCUCUGGGUUUUAAUGUAGCCUGCAAGUACAGCUGUUUCUUCUCGCUUCCUGCACCCAGGGAUUUUUUGGGAAAGACAAUGUAACUGCAUUUCUUGCCCAAAAAUUCCUAACUGAUGACAAACCUGUCCAGAAUCUAGUCAGGAGCUCUGAAUGGUUGAUGUUCUUAAUUUAUUCCUUUUUCCAUUGUUUGUUAAUAAUAGACAGAGACAAAAGGUCACCAAGUUCAAAUAUAAAUGCAAUGAAUCUUUCACAAAACUCUUAUUGUUCUUGGAAUAUAUUCUUCUUUACAAGAAGCAUUUGAGUUUGUCGGCACUAGUUCACAGAAGAACUCAAAGUUUUAUGAUUAUAGACCUCAAGAAAUGAUCUCAAACAAACUUACAGCUGGAACCUCAUGACUAUGGAAUAAGUUAUGUAAACUUUGAUUUACAUGAUCAGUAUGGACAUUUGGUCCCAAAAUGCAGAAUUUUCCCUUUUAAACAUCCCUGGCAGCGAGGAGCGAGGAAAGAGGGUUAUAUUUGCAGGCUAUGUUUCUCAUUAAAAAAAAAACAAAAUAAAAUAUUCAUAAAUACAUAGCCCUUGAUAUUUCUCACUAAAUUUGUAGUCAGAAUAUUUGGAUGGAUUUGUAGUGGUUUUUUAUGUACUGUUUAAAAAACAAGCAGGAGUGUAUUAUCAGGUUUAAAAACUCGGCUUCGCCUUGAGUUUUUAAACCUGAUAAUGGCUUCAAAAUCAAAUGGCUUUGAAUGGCUUCAAAAGCUCUCAUAUAGAUCAACUCAUUCUUGCACUAAUAUUUAGAUUUGGGUUAUUUUGGGCUAAGAAAUUCGACAUAAAGUUUAGCCUUGUCUUUAUCAGAUACAAAGACACUCAUUAAACAUUAAGUUCUUUUGUUUUUCGUUAUGAAUUAUUAAUGACCUUUUGAAUAUUUAAUCCCUGCUUUGUGAUAAUCAGUAGUGUCUGGAUUUAUUUUCAAAGCUUCGUGACACAAAAAAGACCUUCGUUUGCAAAAACAGUGGGAAAGAAGUUAGAAAUGGUGACCCCAAAGUAUUUAUUUUAAAAUUAAUAUUUAGUUAGGUUCACCACAACAUAGCCUGCGUACAAACCCCCUCCCCUCCCCUUAGGAAAAAUUGGUCUGUACAAAGGGUACCGCAAAAGCCCGUGGUGCCACUACGCAGGCCCAUAACAGUCCCUCCCCCCCAUGAAAGAUACACCGACACACAGGAGACUACAUCCCCUUCUCUUUAUGAACAGUGUGUUCUUUAACCCAUUCGCCCCUGAACCGCCCGUAACCGCCCGUGCGGAUCCAGGUCCUUUCUACCCAUUGUGACGUCAUCAGUUUUAACGGUCAAGGACAACUUUCUUCACUAACUUGUGCAGAGUGAAGAGAUCUUUCAAACCAUACCAGAAUGAGCACAAUUCAGUCAAGGACACCGGAGAAACAAGCAAAAAACCACGUGACAUUGACCUGAAAAUCUCCAUGAAAAUCUUGUCCCAUUACCCACCUACCUUUCCUUUCGCCUAAUCCUAAGAUCCUAAAAGCUUUCCUAAAAACUCUUCCCACCAAAAUCAAGCCUACUAAAUGCCCAGCAAGAGAAAAAAAAAAUGAGGCAAGAAAAGCAAAAAAAGAAGGGAGGAGAGAAAGCGAAAAGUAAAAGUCAAGACUGCUGUGUCACUUUUAAACCCAAAAACUAUGUCGAAAUUUUGCUUUCUGCGCAUGCCCGAACUUCGCAAGCUGAUAUUUUGCAUCUGGAUCGGAAGACCGCGAAGUGUUCGACCUGUAAACCAGUUUGUGGUAAGUUUUAGCUCUUUAUAGCGCGACAGUGACCAGAAAACCACUCGACUAGCUUCAAAACGCGUUUUUCGGCAAAAUCUCUAGGAGCGAAUGGGUUAAUGUCCUAUAUUAAAGACCCUAACUGUUGGUCCGGCCAGGUUUUGAACCAACAGCCUCUCGCUCAGCAGACUGGUGCUAUCAGUAUUAUUCUCAUCGUUUUUGUUUUUCCAUCUUAAUAUAAUGUAUGAUGUAACAGAAAGGUCAUGUAGUAGCUCACCGACCACAGCUAAGGAUCGUGACACCUCGUGGCCUUAACGAGCCUGAGGAAAUAUCAGCAGAUGCCUUGUCAGUCAGAGGAUUUGAACAGUACCGCUGUGAUGACUAUCAUUUGGGUAAGACUUGUGUUUUUUCAUUAAAAGUACAAGUGGUAAAAUUUUCUUAUUAUCAGGGCUCAAAAAAGUCCCAUCCAGUUAAGUCCAGGAUGAGUAGUUUUUCGUGCUUACAGCAAGGAGCCGAAAAGUGUGACCUCCUGUAAUUAACUCGCAUUCUUUCAUGCAGACGUUAACCAGUCAGAAGUUGAGGACAGUUUCCAGCUGGGCUCUGAUUGGAUUAAAUCUGUACGAAAGAAUUUGACCAAAUCAAAAGCGGUCACACUUUAGGGCUCCUUGCUGUAAAGCUUAGGCCCAGUUCAGAUGCCGCUCAUGUGCUAAACCUAACUGAUGAAUUAAGUAUGGCAGAAGUGCAGUGUCUGAAUUAAUUUGGUACAGCAGUUUUAGUUUUGUGCGGCAAAAGCAUUAAGUUUGACAGAGUCUGUUGGACUUCACGUGGGCUCAAAACACGGUGCGCCUUCUAAAUCAGAUGUUGCGUCAGUGCUGCUCCAAACUCGAACUUAAUUAUUUGGGUUCAGUAUGUGAAAAGUACAGCAUCUGAACCAGGCUUGACUUGCUCAAUGAGAAAGGUUCCAAGCAAAUCAUCCUCUUAUAAAAUCAUCAACCGAGAUGAGUAAGAAGUGGCCCUGGGCAAGUAAAAUGUUAGAGCUGCGUGCCCAAAGGACAAGCUGCACGGAGUUCAAGUUAUUCUUUUAGCGCUGCUUAUUCUUUAAAGUUAGCACCAAUCUGGGGUAGUACACAUGUAUUUGACUCACAUGUACACCUCUGUAAACCCCAAUUCAAUCAUCUGUAGUGAUUCAAUGACAUAUAAAAUUAAUUUCUGAUAACUAACUUCUGCUAGGCUAAUAAUAUUAGCAUUCAUUCACUUCUGAUACAGAUCUCUACUCAUUGUUUUAUUUGACAUUAAAUGUGCCACUAAAGCCAUUAUAAAUCCCAUACAAGUGAGAUGUAAAUUUCUACCUCUGAAUUCUUGAUGGUGUUUAUAGUCGCUUGCCUUCGGCUCACUAUUGUAAACACCAUACAGAACUCCCACUCACAUUUGAUCAGGCUGUUUAAAAACACUAAGUACAUGUAGACUGUUUGAUUGAUGAACCAAUUCAUCAUAAAUAAAACCCUCAGUUAGGUGAUCAACUUAAGCAAAUGAAAAGUUAUGUGCUGUUAAACUUUAAGUGGAUUUUGAUCUAAAAAUGUCUCCCUAUGAUUCAUAACCAUAACACAAGGAAUUUGAAGGAAAAUUUAACGUAAAGUAUUGUAGGGGGCGUAUGAUCGUCCAGGUGAACGUAGUCCUGAAUAGGAUUGUUGCCGACAUUGACUGACAUUUCAACUACCCUUGCGGUAGUCAUUCAGAGUCAAAGUGAGUUGUAUCUUGUCAGUUGAUGGUAUUAAACUCUGGUUAUUGCUUAAUACAGCUGGACAAUCAUAAUCCACCAACUUAAUGUAGUUAAAUGAAAUUAAACACAGUUAACAACUAGGAAUGCAGGCAUCAGUCGGUGGUCAGUGCGGUGGCUCAAGCACAGUCAGCCUUGCUUGCAUCAUUUCCAUCUGCUUAGUACAGCGUUUCCUGGCGGCCGCUCUCUUCGUUUAGCCUUUGGAUCAUUCUUUUACCCCCAUUCCCCCUCCUUAAAUUUUUCCACGGAUAAAUCAGUGUGACAGGUGCCUGGUUCCAUUGGCGUGGGGGUUCAUGGCUGGAAGGCGCGGGUUUACCUGCGAUGGGGGCACCACUCUGUCUAGUGGCUGGUUUCGUGGGCUCUAAACCUUUCACUGAGAAUCAAACCAUCGGUAGACAGUAAAUGUGACUUUACGUGUAUUCCAGGUACCCUAUAAAGAGACAAAUGAAUUAAAAAUCAAGUGUGUCACAUCUCCACUUCCUUUAUUUUCUAAAUUAUAACCUUAACUACUUUAUACAUUCAAAUUUCUGUGGCCUGUAGAUACUCAGCUAUAAGAUGCCACUUGAAUUACAACAGACUCAGAGCUUUCAAGCAAAAUUCCAUUGAAAAAAUAAUGUGCCUUAUAACCUGCCUUAAAAAACUUGACUUGCGAUCCAACACAUUGCUUAUGCAGGUGACAGUUUUGAAUUAGUUAAUAUUAAUAAUAGUAAUAAUAAUAAUAAUGAUGAUAAUAAUAAUAGUCGAAUAUUUAUCCAGGAUAGCCCUUCAGCACCAAGUACUAUUAUCAAUGGGGUCCUGCAGUUAGUUAGGUUGGUCAGGGGGCAGGGAUUUUGCGCGGCUAUUAGCAUUUUAUGUGCCAUGCUGAUGUUGGUAGAAGCACAACAUGCAAUUCAUACCAGUACAAUGACAAUGCUAACCUGGGACCAGGCUCUGCAAAAGAGGAAAAAGGUACAAAGAAUCCAGUCCACCACUUUGCUUGCUUAGCGUGCCAAAUUUUUUUGUUGUUUUUUUUUGUUUUUUGUUUUUUUUUUUUUUGGCUGUGUCACCCCGUUUUUGCCUUUUUCUCCACUACGGAGCCUGGUCCCAGGCUAUGACAACACAAGAAAAAGUCAGUUCCUUGGCUAUUUGUCCUUUCUCCUUAACUACUUGUUAUUAAAAAGAAGUGCUAACCCGAGCUAAAUCUCCUGACUCGUUCACAUAAAGUAAAAUAAACUCUUAUAAUAUCAGCUUUUCUUCAUGAUGACCUGGAUUGUCCAUCCUCUGCCUUUAAUAAGGGUAGGUAAAUAGCUAACAAUCAACAAUAAAUAAAAUUGACCUUGAAACAAAGUUUAAUUUUAGAAGUUUGUGAUGGAAACUGUAAACUCUUACAUUAAAAUUUAAAGUUCCUCUCCUUACCACACAGCUGUUCUCUGUCUUGUCAUGCUGGUUUCCUUCCCAACGGAGGAGGGAAGAACGUUCAGUGACGAGACGAAAAAACGGUUGGUUAGGAGAAUAGCCCUUUUAACGUUUAGGUACGCUAAUAUAAGUAUGAUGCUCUAAACAUUUUAAAAGUUUAAGUGGAAGGGUUGCUUUACUCUCAAAACUUGUUUUUGUCCCUAAAGUCCUCGUUAUGAAUCCAAAUAAGCAUUAAUUUUGACUGAUAUUGUGAUACAAUGCAAUGAAACAAAAUUAUGGGACUUUGUUCUUUCUCCUUGGGUGUAAAAAAAACCAAAAUCCAUACAACCUCAACUUACUACCGUAUUUUUACAAAUGGUAGCAAUGACAGAAUUAUUUAUUUGUAGACCUAAUGCUUUUUUUUUACUAACUGCUUUUUGCAGAAAAUGUUGCAGAGGAGAACUUGUUCUACAUUGUUAGCCCUAAAGACCUUGUGCUGGCCAAGGUGAAUUUAGUAAUUCCUCAGUGUAGAAGCUCGCUAAAAAUUCAAAACAUGACUCCUAAAAGAAGGAGUCACCUGUUGAUGGCCCAGUAUUAUCUAGACUUUCAAAAAAGUCCUUCGUCCAAAUUCAAAUGGCGCAGGACCUCUUGCGCUUUGUCGACAAAAAAGCUCGCCCCGCUCACUAGGACACUUGUGAGGUCAACUUGUGGCAAGUCUAAAUAUUAUCUUGAAGUUGGCUUCUCUUGAAAGAUGGAAAAACUGUGGAGGCAAUCCUCAAGGAACUUUGUAGAAACUUGCCAAGCAUGCAAAACAUGACUCUAAAUGAGCUUCUAUAUUUAUUACAUAUUGUAUGCUCAAGAACGAAUCAGCUGCUGACUGUCUGGAAGUUGAUGCUUUGUAAAUUACAUGAAACAAUGGUUUUAUGCCAUUUAAAAUGCUUAGUGUUUAUAGCGUGUGUGUUGAGUAUGUGGAGUUUUCUUUUAGCCUAGAAACAUUGAUGAUCACCUCAAGUGGCUGAUUGAUCAUGGCAGGUUUGAGGUAAGCAUAGGCUGUAUGGUUAAUAGACCUCUUUAGCUUCUAUGUUCUGUUUACCCAAUACAGGUCAUGUGAUAAUACUCUAGGGAACUUUUCCGUUCAAAUUUCAUCUUAUUCACGUGCAUAUCUAUGCAUAAUUUAUAAAAAGACAAAGGGUCAGGUUCCCCUGGGACCUCUCUUGGGAAAACAAAACAUACAACUGCAGACGUUCUAUCCAGCUGAAGCAGACGGAUAGAACGUGUUGGACGAUCCAGACUCAUUCAGAUGAACUUAACUGAGCCAGACAUCGAACUUUACAUGAACUUAACUCACAAAGUUUGGUUUGUCUCAUGAAAAGUUGGACGUUUGACCUAGGUCAAAGUGCCCUACAUGGCAAUGGGCAGCAGUAUAAAUAAUAAAUGGGCUGCAAGAUGGAAAAUAUAUUGACAGCAACCUUUGUCUCUGUGCAUCAUGAAUUGCCUGUGCAACAGGCAUUAUUGAGGGCACUCAGGUGGCUUUUUAGGGAAUGAGUGCAAAGUGCAAGACACACAAGUGGAGGAGAAAGAAAAUAAUAACUGUUUUAUCCUUUUUAUCUCUCUCUUCCCUCUUCUUGCAUGUCUCGCAUUUUCACCCCAACACCCAAAAACUCACAUGAACACUCCAGUUUUGGCUCCUGUGGCCCACAGCACUAGCUGAAGUGCAGGGGUUUUACAUACUGUGAGUAGACUUCAAGAGAAGUGUGUCCUUUUAGUGGGUUUGUUAUCAUUCUAUUUAAAUUGAUAAUGGAAAGCUUUUUCAUUUAAUCAGUGAUAUCUGUUUGUUGUGUAGGAAGCCUUGGUUGCAGCAGAGACAAACAGCAAGGAAGUCAAGAAACAUAAUCAGCAGGUUAGUUAAAAGGUACAAAAACUUUGGCACAGUGUAAUCUAUUUUGCCUUUAAAAAAAAUGAUGUUAUUUAGAAACAGAUAGUUCUAGGUCAAGAUUUCUGGGAGUUUAAGGUUUCACUACGGCGACGGCAAUGAGAACGUCCAAAAAAUUAAUAGACCUGUUCGGCUAUUAAUAAACUCAAUGUUUUAUCCAAUUCAAACCCUUUGAGAAUAAAACGUUUUUGUUUCAGAAAUUUCCAUAUCAUUUAAAUGUGAAUUCCACAUUAUAAUGCAAAUACAAUACACAAAGAAUCUUAACCCCAGGAGAUUUGAAUUGGGUACAACGCUGAGUUAGCCGAAAAGGUCUAUAGGUUUUGAUUAGCAAAACAACUACUUUGCACGUGCAGCACACUUUUUUUUGGCACAUUUCUUUAGCAUAACUAGGACGUGAAUUGCCAAAUUCCACGUUUUAUUGACAACGUGAACAUACGACGACGAAUUUCUCUUUCUCUUUUUAAAUUUGGAUAUCUUUCUUAAGAAUUCAACUCUAGGAAAGUUCACCUGUAUUAGACUAAGUAAGCGAGUUGGGAUGACCGCGCUGAAGUUUCAAAGAAAGCGAACUCACUUUUUAAGUCACGUUUACGCCAUCGUCGCCUUGGUGGUUUCUUAAACACCCUAUUAUCAAAACAAAUGCUCCUGUAGUUUGUAACACUGUGGCUGCUUUUUUAGGACAUUGGAAGGUCAUAUCUAAAAUCUCUGAUGGAAGAAGGAAAGUAUGAAACUGCUGCGAGGUUUGUAUUUCCUCACGUCUAUUUAUUUGUUUUUAUGCAUUAAGUUUCACUAAAAUGAAUUCAUGUUUUGUGCUCUCAGGGAGAGAUGGAGAAGAGAUUAUUUUUGAUAACCGUCUGUCGCUUCGAAGAACGUCUUAAAUCAAAAUUCAAGAAAGAAUAACAGAUUUAUUUUGUAAAAUACUGUAACACAAAUAGUACCAUGUAAACGUACCGUUGAAGAGGUUUUAUUGACAAGUGGUUUUUAAUCAUUUUUUACAACAUAAUAUAGUAUUUAUCACAGAAAAGUACUGCUCAGUAGCUUUCAUUCGAAUGGUCCCUCUUUAUGAGUUCCUUUGUCCACAGACUCAAAAGUUAGAACUACCUUGUACAGCAUCAUAAACAGCACCAUUGAAAAAAACUGUUCAUUAGCUUGUCCAACCAUAGGCUUUUCUCCACAGAAUAAAGAACUUGGGACUUUAUUACAUGUCUCCAAACUUACUCCACUGAGUUCAAUUCUUUUUUAAUUCUUAUAGGGUGUGCGUCAAAGUCUUGGGUGAUGAUAAGAAACUUUGGGAGGAUGAGGUGUACAAGUUUGCUAGGAAACAUCAAUUGGAAGUAGGUUUCAAGUUAGUCUUUAAUGGAAAUUUGAUUUUGCCUCCACUGUGACUAGUGUUGGCUUUUUGCGCAUUUUGCAUGAUCUAUUGUUUGCUCUGUUAAGGACAUAUUUUCUUCUUUGGUGAUAUUAGAUUCGUAAUAGCACAGAAAAGUUAGCCUCUCACGCACCCAUUAGGAAACUUAAGCAACGACGAUGACGACGGCAGUGAAAACGUCUCUUAAAAAGUGAACUCACCCUGUUACAAAAUUCAUCGCUCUCAUUCCAAGUCGUGUAAUUUGUUAAAUGGUGAUGAAUUUUUUGGAGAUGAAUUCUUAAGGACAGUAUCUAAGUUUUGAAAAACAAUCACAAAAUCUUUGUCUUGUGUGUUCACCCCCUGCACAAAACGUGAAAUUGGGCAUUUUCACGUCGUAGUUGUGCAGUGACAGCAAAGAAAUGUACAAAAAAGCGUGAUGCACGUGCAGAGCUGUUGGUUUGCUAAUCAAAACGUAUUGCUUUUUCACGUUCUCGUUGCUGUCGUCGUUCUCGUUGGUUAAGCUCCCUAAUUCUUGUUUGUCUUAUGGGCUUCUUCUCCAAGUUUGUGGGAAGCUAUAGAAAAAGCGGGGUAUUGUGUGAAAUUUCAGCAGCACUUCCGAGUGAUUACUGCAAGUGAAACUUAAGGAUGGUAGUGAGAUCCAUCCAAACUUGUUGGUAGUUAAAAAAUAAUAAUGUUUUGUUGUUGUUGUUGUUGUUGACCAGGCCAUUGCACCGUACAUCCCAACAAGCGCUGUGAAACUAAGUUCAGCAAUUUAUGAAAUGGUUUUGUACGACUUCCUGAAAAAGGAUUACAAGGUAAUCACUCCUGGCGUGUUAUAUUCAUUUCUAUGUAUUUUCCGUAGUGAUACUGAAACUCCGAAGAUUUCUUCUAGCCUGCGAAUACAGCCGUCUCUCCUUGCUCCUCGCCGCUUGGUAGGUUUCGCUGGACAGAUGUCUGCGCAUCAACGAUGGAAAUUGCAUACUGAUGACGUAAAAUCUGUCAAGAAUCUGGUCAGGAGCUCUUAUUGGUAGACGUACUGAUCAUAUUGUUUUAGCUAUUUCUGUCGUUGAGGCGCAGACGACGGUCUCUCCCGCAAAAUAUCCCAAGCGGCGAGAAGCGAUGAGAGACGGAUGUAUUCAUAGGCUAGAUUUCCUUUCAUCUGAAACAGAUUGUUCGGCAAAGUCACCUUUGAGGUCUUGAAAACUGACGACCACUUUACAACAUAAACAUAUGCGACAGCUAUACGCGUAUGUUGCAAAUGAAUCCCCCCUUUGUGACGAAAUUCUCCAGUACGUGAUGACAUCACUUUAUGCGUGUCAUCUGAUUGGCUAUGGGCAGGAUGUCAGGUGAUAUCAGCCAGUGUUUUAUUGGUUGUUAUCAUGGGGCACACUAUGUUCAUUGGUCGGUAUGAUAACACCAACAGUCUGAUACUGGGCGUCCUUUCUUGCAAUUCUCUUCGCUGGUUCGCUUAUUACCACAGCUUAGUAAAUCUUAGUACAGUUUUUCUUGAAACUGGUGAUUCGAGUAUUUCAUGUUUUUCACUCAGCCGACACAAGCAACCAACGCGCACUAUUUUUUAUUUUGCAGAAAUUUCAAAACCUUAUAAAGGAUUGGCCUGCAGACUUGUACAGUGUUCAGCCAAUCAUAAGCGCAGUGCAGGUAAGCGAUCAGCCAAUCGUUAGUGCCGUUUGGGGAAGAGUUCAGCAAAUCAUUAGUGCUAUACAGCCACUGUUCAGCCAAUCAUUUGCACCCUGCGAAUCAUAAGCGCUUUACAAGCGGCUUUUCAGCCAAUGAUAAGCACCGUACAGUCGAAUGAUAAGCCAAUCAUAAACAUAUUACGUAUGAGUGAUCACGCAGUCAAAAGCGCAGUCCAUAACUGCAGUAUGAAAGGGUGGAAACAUUAGUUGAACACAACACUUUCUUCAAAGAGCGUUGAAACAGAGAGUUGUGGCUGUUUUCACAUUUCUUUCUUUCUUUUCUGUUCUUUCUUUUUUUUUCUAUUUUAUGUCUUGUUAGGACCAGCUGGAGAAAGAUCCAGACAACCGUGUGCUUUUGGAAACUCUCGGAGAACUGUAAGCUGUUGAGAAUGAAAUUAUGUACUUUUUGUCCCCUCAUUCAGUGACUGACAUUUGCCCUCUGGUGUUCCAUUACAGUUACACUAGACUGACAAGAUAUGACAAGGGACUGGCCAUUUACCUUAAGUAAGUUGAUAAGUUUCAAAUUAUCAGUUAAACCUGUCUGCCACUGAAAAAUAAGUCUAUCCUAAAUUUGGACGUUAGAAUUUAGGAGGUUAAAGAAAAUGUAACGGAAAUUAGUGUUGAAUGGAUGUUUUUAAGUCGGAUGAAAAUCAUUUUUUACCAUCCACAUUUCAAACGGAGUAUUUUCAACGACCUUUCAAGCGUAUGAAGUUGCGAACAAGCAUUGUUUUAAUUGCUUUAUGUAGUUUUUAAGACAGAAUGAUUCAGAACUAGAAAUUACGGUUGCAGAAAGAGGAAUUUGGGAUCUGGUUUCCAAGAACGUUAUGUUGCGUUAUCUCCGUGGUUUUGAGUUACUUUUGAGUUUGAAAGCGUUGUUGUUUGAAGCGGUUGGAGGGGCGCCAAGUGAGAAAUUUUUAGUUUAGUCGGCUCAGUGAAGUCUAGGCCAAACGUAGAACUUUUAAUGAGUCGAACCAAACUUGGUGAGUUACGUUCACGAAAAGUUCGACGUCUGGCUCAGUAAAGUUCGUCUGAAUGAGUUUGAAUCGUCCAACACGUUCUAUCCGUCUGCUUCAGACGGAUAGAACGUCUAAAGAUCGUCUCCGGGACAAACGUUGAUCAUCUUCACAUGCGACGAACUAAACUGAAAAAUUAAAAACUGGUAUGAUAAUGUAUAUUUAGCCGCGUUCGGGAAAAAAAUUUUUACUGAUCUGAUUCAGUUGAUUGGUUUGACGCGUCCUAAGUUCGACGUCUGUCCCAACAGACGAUCUUAACUUAAUUUAAGUCGACCCAAAUUAGAGUUUGAUUCGUCUCAUGAACAGUUCGACGUUUGGCCUAGGCCUUAAACGAAAUUUAUCACGAAUAUAUGUAAUAAAAUUCUUACUUUCUUUCACAGACUUGGUCACACUGAUGUGUUUAACCUGAUCCAUAAACACAACUUGUUCGAUUCAAUCCAGGACAAGAUUAUAAUGCUCAUGGACUUCGAUAAAGAGGUAGCUAUAACUACUUCUUGUAACCUUUCCAUCGAGGUCGAAAUGUUCACGAGAAAUUCCAGAUUUCUUACUAGAAAAUAAAUGGUACCACGUGAUAGUAUUACUUAAGAGGUUUCAUUUGAAUGGUCUGAAGAUAAGAUUUCAUCGACGGACCCAAAAGUUAGAACUUUGCUAUAAAUAAGAAAGUACUUAAUUGGACAAAAAACCUCAUUCUUUUUUAUCUUCUUUUUUUGCAGAAAGCCGUGAAGAUGUUGAUUGACAAUAUUGACAAAGUGCCUGUAAGUUUAGUUAUGAUGUUCUUUGAUGUUCUUUUGUCCUUUACGCAAUUUGUGAAGCCCCCGAAAAUAUUAAACUUUUUUGCGGUAACUGAUAGGUUGAAGAUGUCGUGCGUCAGCUAAAUAAAAGAUCUGAGCUCCUGCACGUGGUAAGUGAAAUUUGACUCAAUCUGUUGUUGUUGUUGCUGUUUGUUGUUGUUUUUGUUAAAAAAAAAAACUGAACGAACUCCGCUCACUAAAAGCAUUGUCCAUAGAAGAUUAGACUGGAUUGUUUCGUAAACAAACACAUUUCAUAUUAAGAACCCACAAAACACUUAUGGAUUUCGUCCCAAGACUCAAAAGUUAGAAUCACGUUGUGCAGUAUAAUGAAUUGUACCACAGGAAAGCACUGCUCAGUCGCUUUCAGUUGCCUACAUGUAUGUUACAAACUUUAGGAUUUCAUCCACAGACUCCAAAUGUCGAAUACCUUGUGCGGUAUAAUAAACAGUACCACAGGAAAUUUUCAUUUGAAUGUUCACGCUUUAGGAUUUCAUCCACAGACCCAAAGCUAGAACCACCUUGUUCUGCAUUACAUACAGUGCUAGAGGAAAGCAUUUGCUCAAUAUAUUUCGUUUUAGUGUUGAAACUUUAAAUUUUAAAUGCUUUGUACAUAAUGUACUAAGUCAAUCUUUGUUCUCGAUUCAGUACCUUGAUGCGCUAUUCGUCAAAGAUCCUCAAGCUGGGAUGGAUUAUCACGAGUUACAGGUACUAAAUGAUCUGUUGCCUUGCUACGAGUUUAGGUUGGUUAAUGUUAUGUAAAUUGUGAUUGGAAUUGAACCUUGCAACUUGUGCAAAUACGCAAUCGUUUCAAAGCGAGCUAAAACCUAGCUUGCAGUCGGUGUAAAGCGCGGGAAAAAAUUUAGCAUGCAAUCGAUCAUGCGAAGCACGGGAAAAUAAUUAGGCUUGCAACUGGUGCAAAGCACAGGAAAAUGAAGCAUGCAGACGGAACAAUUUAUGACGCGGGAAAGUGAAUCAUACAAUUACUCGUGCAAACUGGCCAAAAAAAGUGCGGGAAAGAAGACUUGCAACUGUUUCUUCCAAGGGUUCGCUAUUUUUUUUUUUUUUUUGGCUCCUUUUUACCAUGCUUUAAUAAAGUUAACGGCUAAGCGCUUCUGCGACUAAAUCUGUUAUAACGCAGCAUACUGCAGAAAGGACCAGGAAUAUGAAAAGCACAAACGCUGACUUUCACACGUGUUUCUUGACAGUAAACCUCUGCUCAAAGCCAAGAUAUUAGAACAUCAACUAAACGUUUAUUUUUCAAGAGUCCAUAAAACUUUUUUCUCCUGUUUGUAGAUCCCCCUUUACGCUGAAUUUGACCGUCCAAAGCUUCUUACUUUUCUAAGGAACAGCAACUAUUACCCUCUUCAAAAGGUAAAACCGUGUAUACAUUUGUAGUUUUAUAUGAAGUGGUGUUCACAAUGUGAUUUAGGCAGACAAGAGCAUUUUGGACCUCAGUUGGGCGGGGGUCUGGCUCGAGGGUACAAGGCUUUUUUCACAAGUUGGUGUUCGAAGAGCCGUGUUUAACGAAACAUUUUCAUCAAUAAAGAAGGUGUAAAUGGGUUGUUGUCACCUUGAGCGUACAAUUUACUAUAUUCUGGCCUAUCCGAGUAUAAGCGCAGUAAAGUAGCAAAGCAAAUUGAGCAAAAGCACAUGGCAAUGCCCCUGCAAACCUCC